AAAAAUGAAUGCCAUAGAUCCAACCGAAUAUGUGGAAGUUCCAGAGGGCGUAGAGUCUUUGAAGUUCUCCAUCGAGAAACAACAAGCCAAGUUUGAACUUGGUGUCUGCAUGGCCAUUUAUAAGUGGGAGGAAUUGAACACAGCAGUGGAAAAUUCCUGGGGUGGUCCAAAGUCAGGUGAAAAAAGAGAUUGGCUUUCCGGUGUCGUCAUAGACUUGUUUGACGAAAAGGCUGUUGAUAUCCAGUUGAUAGAAGAAACCUUGUUAUAUGCCAUGGUAGACGAAUUUGAUACAGAAAUCGAUAACGAUUCUGCCUUGGAAGUUGCAGCACUUGUCAUGAAGUUUUAUAAGGAUGUUUCCCUUGAAAAAUAUGCUCAGAUCGACGAAUUGUACGAAAAAUGGUCGGCCAAACAAGCUAUAAAAACCAAUGCUCAUAAAGUGCACGUAGAAGAAGAUCCUAACAAUCCAGAUGUUUCUGACAGUGACGAAGAUGAAGAAGAUGAAGAAGAAGAUGCGACUCAAAUGGAUGUAGAUGCCAUGGAAGUCGACGAAGAGCCACAGGGUCCAAUUGUAGAUGAUGAUGGGUUCGAAUUGGUGCAAAAAAAGGGAAGAAAGGGUAGACGUUAGAUAAAAUUGUACAAUACAUAAAGAUCGUGUAAAUU